ACUGCAAUUUUUACCUAUUACAGUUGGCAUUUCAUUUACGAAAACAAUGUAUCUUCAUGACACGUUUGACAUGGAAAUUAAUGAAAAUGAAAUGAAAAUGCUAUUUAAAAAAAAAAAAAUAAUAAUAGAACUUAUAGUAACAGAAGAGAACUAUAAGAAUGAUCUUUUUGUUAUAGAGAAGAUUUAUAAAAGAAAAGCAAUAGAAUAUUCUGUAUUAUCACAGGAAGACAUGAAAAUUAUCUUUUGUAAUAUUUACGACAUAUGGCAAUUCACAAAUAAAUUUAGCAAACUUCUAAGAACUGCAGGAAAAAACAUUUUAGAAACUAACAUUGAAUCAAACACUGAUUUAAAACACUCGAAAAUCUUAUACAAUAAAUUAUCUGACACAUGGAUUGGUAAGGCUUUUAGCCAAAUGAUUCCACAAAUCGAAAAAAUUUAUUCGGUAUAUUGUAUAAAUCAUGACAUAAGUUCAGAAAGACUUCAAAAAUUGGAACAAAAUCUCAGUAUUCAAAAAUGGAUAGAGGAAUGCAAGAAAAUAAGUAAAGAACAAACCAAUGCAUGGGAUUUAGCAAGCCUUCUAAUAAAACCUGUCCAAAGAAUACUUAAAUACCCAUUACUUUUAAUGCAAAUUCUUGAUACUACAUCGCCAAAUCAUCCUGAUAUCAUGUUAUUAAAUCACGCUAAUAGAGAAAUAACCCUUGUAAUAGAUAGAAUAAAUGAAAUAAAAAGAUGUAAAGAUAUGGUAAAACACGUAAUUUCUGGAAGAUCAGAUAAUAGUAUACGUCAUGUAAUAGUUAAAGGAAUCUCUCGAAAAACAGAAAAGCUUAAACAAACUGUUGGAUUAAUUGAAACUUAUCAUGAUAUCUUUUACGAAAAACUAUUUGAAGAAUUUCGACGACAACAAAUUCAGAUUUCAACAUUUAAAAGAAAGAUUAGAAAUUGGUUCAAAGAUUUAACAAGCUAUCUUCUACAUCAAAGUAACCUUGCUUUUACAUGUAGUAGUUGUAUGAUCACUGGAAAAAAAUCAUUUAAUGAAAUACAAAAAAAAUGGAAAGAAUAUAAAACACUUAUUGAUAGAGCAUCUAAAGAUGGGCUUUGCGAAUUAGAGAAAAAUUUAACAUAUUUUGUUUUCAAACCAUUAAAACUAUUAAAAAAUUUAUAUAAAAUCCCUAACUCUAUAAUAAAGAAAAGGAAUACUAAGAUAUUAGAUUAUAUCCAUAUAAAAACUCUGAAAGAAAAAGGAAUCUUGCCAAAUAAGGCAUUAAUUCAAUCAGCAGAUAUAUAUAAUGUUAUUAAUACACAAUUAAAAAAAGAAUUACCUGAUUUUUUACACUAUACAUCAGAACUAUUUAAUGAAAUAAUCAUAAGAUUGUCAUAUUGUCAACAGCAAUGGUAUAAAUUUUGGAUAUUAAUACUUAAAAAUUGCUUAAAAAAUUAUGAUCCAUUAAUUGAUUUCAAUAAUAUUUCAGAUAUUUUUUCUAAGAAAAGUAUCACUAUUAAAACUUUAUUUUAAAUUUAAUAUGCUAGAAACAUUACUUAUUCCAUUAUCUUUCUCU